AUGUCGUCGUUGAAGAAACUAAGCGAAGGCGUUGCACAAUGCGCACUACGUGUUGGCUGUGACACAAGAGAUCGAAUCGGAGAGUGUCGAGAGAGUGAAACUAUGGAGGAAACAAGUUCCAUGAUAUUUAUCAAUUGGCAGGCAAGUUUAAAUGCAGCAAGAAUGAGUAUUCGUCGAACUAUACAUCCAUUUUAUGAGAGUAGCGAGCAAUCUUCUAGGACUAAGCUUAAACAGUUGUCCAUCUAUGCCCCAUCUGUGCGGUCGCGCCGUCUUGACGAUCUGGCCCUGAUUGUGCAUGGUUAG